AUGUCUGCUCUCUGUGCCCAGAAGCGAGCAGGCCUCCAUUCACCUUUCUUCUCAGAGAACAUCAUGGCAAGUAUGGCUGCAGUUCUGACCUGGGCUCUGGCCCUCCUCUCAGUGCUUUCAAUCACCCAGGCACGGAAAGGCUUCUGGGACUACUUCAGCCAGAGCAGCACGGACAAAGGCAGGGUGGAGCAGAUCCAGCAGCAGAAGCUGGCACGGGAGCCCACGAGCCUGAAAGACAGACUUGAGCCAGACGUCAGCAAUAUGAACAACUUCCUGGAAAAGCUGGGCCCUUUGAAUGGGCAGGGGAGGGAGCCUUCCGGGCUCCCACACGACCCGGUGGGCAUGCGGCAGCAGCUGCAGGAGGAGCUGGAGGAAGUGAGGAAGCGUCUGGAGCCCUACAUGGCCGAGGUGCACGAGCGCGUGGGCUGGAACCUGGAGGGGUUGCGGCGGCAGCUGCAGCCCUACACGGUGGAGCUGAUGGAGCAGGUGGCCCUGCGCGUGCAGGAGCUGCAGGAGCAGCUGCGCGUGGUCGGAGAGGGCACCAAGGCCCAGCUGCUGGGGGGCGUGGAAGAGGCGCGGAGCCUGCUGCAGGAGCUGCAGGACCACGUGGCAAACCACACUGGCCGCGUGAAGGAGCUCUUCCACCCGUACGCGGAGCGCCUGGUGACCGGCAUCGGGCACCACGUGCAGGAGCUGCACCGCAGCGUGGCGCCGCACGCGGCCGCCAGCCCGGCGCGCCUCAGCCGCUGCGUGCAGGUGCUCUCGCGCAAGCUCACGCUCAAGGCCAAGGCCCUGCACACGCGCAUCCAGCAGAACCUCGACCAGCUGCGUGAAGAGCUCAGCGCCUUUGCUGGUGCCGGUGCUGACGGUGCAGAGGAAGAGGCCCAGCCGGACCCACAGGUGCUGUCUCAGGAGGUACGCCAACGACUCCAGGCUUUCCGCCACGACACCUUCCUGCAGAUUGCCGCCUUCACUCGUGCCAUUGACCAAGAGACCAAGCAGAUCCAGCAGCAGCUGGCGCCACCUCCGCCAGGCCACAGCGCCUUCGCUCCAGAAUUCCUACAAGGGGACCGAGGCAAGGCCCGGAGCGAGCUGCAGGCCCGCCUCGACGACCUGUGGGAAGACAUCAACUACAGCCUUCGUGACCAUAGUCCUGGCCAUCUGGGGGAGCCCUGA